UGUCAGUGUGCAAGCCAGUCCACCAACUUAAGACAGAAGUGUUGCUAUUCCAUAAAUACAGUAGAACUCCAUAUGCUGAGUUUUUCCAUUUCUUUCUGUUAGAAAGUUUGGAAAAAAAGGGAGACUUUGAAGUAUUUUGUUUAUACUAACAGAAGAGAAAAGUUCUCCUAAGAAAAAGCUGGUGGCAGGAGUGUAGAGGAGUAGCAUAUGGCAUUAAAAGGAGCACAGCUGGAGGUAGCAUUUCCAUCUGAACAUGAUGUCAGAGCAGCUGACAGCCUGCCAUCCCUCAGCCUUUUAUUCUAACACACAGACAGGGAGUUAGUGUGUGCGGAUCUGUGGUGGAGAAGGUAUCUUAUUCCUCUCUAACAUCAUCUCCACUUUGCAUCUGUCUCUCUUAGUCUGCUUUUUUUCCACCGAUGUAACAGACCUGGAGCCAGCGAGACUCAGAGGAAAGGACUUAAUCAGGUUUAUGUGUCCUAAAGGUUAUGAAGACAGCAUGGAGUUCCCAGACCACAGUAGACAUCUGCUGCAGUGUCUGAGCGAGCAGCGGCACCAGGGCUUCCUGUGUGACUGCACCGUUCUGGUGGGAGAUGCCCAGUUCCGCGCGCACCGAGCUGUGCUGGCUUCGUGCAGCAUGUAUUUCCACCUCUUUUACAAGGACCAGCUGGACAAAAGGGACAUUGUUCAUCUGAACAGCGACAUUGUUACAGCCCCAGCUUUCGCUCUCCUGCUGGAAUUCAUGUAUGAAGGGAAACUCCAGUUCAAAGACUUGCCCAUUGAAGACGUGCUCGCAGCUGCCAGUUAUCUGCACAUGUAUGACAUCGUCAAAGUCUGCAAAAAGAAGCUGAAAGAGAAAGCCACCACGGAGGCGGACAGCACCAAGAAGGAGGAGGACGCCUCCAGUUGCUCGGACAAAGUCGAGAGCCUCUCGGACGGCAGCAGCCACAUGGCCGGCGACCUGCCCAGCGACGAGGACGAGGGCGAAGACGACAAACUGAACCUCCUGCCGGGCAAGAGGGACUUGGCGGCCGAGCCGGGGACCAUGUGGAUGCGCCUGCCCUCGGACUCGGCGGGCCUCCCCCCGGCGGGCGGGGAGCCCGAGCCCCACGGCGCCGCCGCCGCCGCCGCCGCUGCCGCCGCCGGAAAAACAGUGGCCAGUCCCUGCAGCUCCAGCGAGUCUUUGUCCCAGAGGUCUGUCACCUCCGUGAGGGAUUCGGCAGAUGUUGACUGUGUGCUGGACCUGUCUGUCAAGUCCAGCCUGUCAGGAGUUGAAAAUCUGAACAGCUCUUAUUUCUCUUCACAGGACGUGCUGAGAAGCAACCUGGUGCAGGUGAAGGUGGAGAAAGAGGCUUCCUGUGAGGAGAGCGAGGUUGGCGCUAGUGACUAUGACAUGGAACAUAGCGCUGUGAAAGAGGGCGGGAGCACUAACGCCAGGGUACAGUAUGAGCCGGCGCACCUGGCGCCGCUGAGGGAGGACUCGGUGCUGCGGGAGCUCGAGCGCGAGGACAAAGGCAGCGACGACGAGAUGAUGACCCCGGACGCCGAGCGCGGCCCGGUGGAGGGCGGCAUGGAGAGCAGCCUGCUGCCCUACGUGUCCAACAUCCUGAGCCCGGCCGGCCAGAUCUUCAUGUGCCCGCUGUGCAACAAGGUCUUCCCCAGCCCGCACAUCCUGCAGAUCCACCUGAGCACGCACUUCCGCGAGCAGGACGGGCUGCGCAGCAAGCCGGCCGCCGACGUCAACGUGCCCACCUGCUCGCUGUGCGGCAAGACCUUCUCGUGCAUGUACACGCUCAAGCGCCACGAGCGGACCCACUCGGGCGAGAAGCCCUACACGUGCACGCAGUGCGGCAAGAGCUUCCAGUACUCGCACAACCUGAGCCGCCACGCCGUGGUGCACACGCGCGAGAAGCCGCACGCCUGCAAGUGGUGCGAGCGCAGGUUCACGCAGUCGGGGGACCUGUACAGACACAUCCGCAAGUUCCACUGUGAGUUGGUGAACUCGUUGUCGGUCAAAAGCGAAGCCCUGAGCUUGCCCACUGUCAGAGACUGGACCUUAGAAGAUAGCUCGCAAGAACUCUGGAAAUAAUUUUCUAUAUCUAUAUAUAUAUAUAAAUAAUAUAUAUAUAUAUAUAUAUAUAUAUAUACAUAUAUAUAUAUAUACGUAUCUAUACAUAGAUCUCUAUCUAGUUGUGGUACGGUCUAAAAGCAGCCUUGUUUCCUGGAACUAAAACGUCGGGGCGUUAACUCGGUUUUGCACUUUAGAGUAGCAUGAGACUCUCACUAAUCUAGCGUUCUGGUAAAAGAGACUUUGGAGCAAGUCGGAGACUAGCCAGGGCUUCUCCUCCGAGGGGGUCGGGGAAGGAAGCCGACAAGGACCUUUGGAACAACUCGUCCUGUCACAGGGCGCUCUCACAGGGCUUGAUUCUGUCGCCACUGCAUUGUCUUCUGAGCUCUCUCUCUCUCUCUCUCUCUCUCUCUCUUUUUCCACUUUGUUUUGGUUUUGUGUUUCUGUUUUGUUUGGGUUUUUUUGUUCUGUUUUGUUUUCUUCUUUUGCUGUUGUUGUUGUCGUCGUCGUCGUCGUUCCCUUUCCUUUUUCAGAGUAGAAAUUCCCUCCAGUUUGAUUAGCCUCUUUAUAGGUCACAAAAUUGCAUGAAUCUUUUCUGGCUGUUGGAAACCUGAAUGCUUUUAGACCCAAAUGGAAAAUUUCUGAAAUGCUGGAUUAUCUAUUUUUAAACAAGCAGUUGACUUAAAACUUUCUGUGGCAACUUCUGGUUUUCUGACGGUUCCCAAUGAGAGAAAUUCUGAAAGUACACUGGGAUCACUGGGACGCUGUCUUUGUGAAGGUUUGCUUGGGAUGAAAAAGGAUAUCGCAGCUUCAGCAGUGUUGAACUGUGUGUUGAAAAAUGUGAAUUACUGUUCUUGUAUACUGUAACUGAUUACACGGGCUGGGGGGGUGUCAAAGAACUUGACAGGUUGUGUUGAUGCUCUUAGUUGAGUCUUGAAAAGUAAAUAUUAACGCUACAGAAAUGCAUGAGUUUCAAUAUAUUUUUUGUCUUUGUUUGCAUUGUAUAACUUUAACGAGUGAGUUUAAAAUUAUUUAAUUUCCUUAGAAAAAAAAUAGCACCGUUUGGGGAAAAAAAACUGGUGUUAUGAAGAACGUAAAUGCACUGUUUUUAUUUUUAUUUUAUAUAAUUUAAAUUGACUUUCCCACUGUCUUUAAGUUGAAACUGUUAAGCUGAAUAAAAACUUAAGCUGCAAAUUGAUAACUUCGCUACAUAACAAGGAAAAUAUAAAUGUUUACAAACGGCUUAAAGAUUUGCAUGUGCAGUGUGCAUUUAUAACAAACUUCUAAUUGCACAAAACCCAUGCCAGCUCAAAAGUUUAGGUGUACACAUUUACCCAGCUGAGCGUUUUUAGAGUAACUACUGCACAAAUCGACAAUAGGUCAUUCUCUCUCUUCUUCUUUUUCUUCUUCCUUUUUUUUGAGGGGGGUGGCUCCCCUUCUCUUUUUCUUCCCUUCUCCCUUACACUCCCCUCCCUCCCACCCUCCCUCCCUUCCUCCCUGCCUUCAUCCUCCCCAUCCCCUCCCACCCCCAACUCGUGAAAAGAUUCUAUGGACUGAAAAAGCCCCGGGGCUGAAAGGACUGGACUGCCUUGAUUGACGUGGGGAAGGUGGGGAAGGGGGUUAGUAGACUAUGUGUAUCGGGGCAGCAGAGGCUGCAGCCCAACGUGUGGUUUUAAUGACCAGCACGCAGGGCAAAAGCAUUUUGCACAGUGUUUGUUUUCCUGUCUUGCACUUACAAAUAAGGUCUAUGGGAGUAGCAUGGAAAACGUUUGCUGUUUUUCCCUUUUUUUUUUUAAUUGCUUUUGUUUAAAAUUUGAUCGCCUUAACUACUGUAAACAUAGCCUAUUUUUGUGCUUAAGAUACUGAAUGGAAAACUCCAUUGUGUGUUGCUGGACUGUUUUGGAAAUAUUUGGUCAAAUGUGUGUUAAUUUGGCUGUAAUGGCAUUUAAAGCAAACAAACAAAAAAAAAAGCUGUGAAAAUGGCCUUGGAGCAUUAUCUUUAGUUACUUGAAGAGUUUCUAGUUUUUUUAAAUACAGUUUAUGUUAAAAUAAUUUUUAUUAAUUUAGAGGAGACAAUCAAUGUCUGAGAAAAACGGACUUUCUUUUGGAUUUUCUUUUUGUGGUCAUUGUGAGUGAUUGCUUUUUCCUUUUAUUAGUUUCACAUUCUUCCUUUGUUCUAAAACUUAGACUGACAUCUAGCUUUGACAAUCAUAGUAUGUUUUAUUUUCCUGAGGGGGGAAUAACUUAUAAUGCUGUUUAGUUUUGUACUAUUGGUGUGUUGGUGAAUUUUUAAACUGUGUGCUAACUGCAAUAAAUUAUAUGAACUGAGAA